AUGCGACCAUCACUCGGCCUAGGGGCUGUGCCAUGGGAUGCGCCCAAGUCUGCACUGCCACCACUCUCUCACGACCACACUCGGUCGCGUCUCUCUCAUGGCAAGUCAAACUAUCGAAUUCAUGACGUUUCAUUACCAAAAAAGAAGUCGCCGUAUCAGGACAUGUCGGAUAAGAAGGAUUCAUACCAGAUAUCAAUGGCUACGGCUUUUACGAUAGCACCAGGCGUGUACACGAUUAACAGUUUCUGGCAGCUUCCACGUGCACUGAUGUCAGAUUUGAACAGCCUCGUCGCCGCCUCGAUGCUCGAGUUGUGGUUGUGCCAGCAACUCCUUCCACUGCACGAUCUCCCUGCACGCUGGGACAACAACAAGGUGAGCUUCAGAAAUCGGGCCCAGCUGUCUUCUCCAGGGUAUCCGUUGAGCAUCAUGGAUCUAUUCAGAGACAGUCAGAACAACACCUUGAAAGACAGCAUAAUCAUUGCCAGCCAAUUCGGAUAUCGCGGUAGUUCAGCUUUCGACCAGUUCCAUGCCCAAAUCGCGGAGGGUGCAAUGCACGACUCUGGCGAGCGCUUCGACCCACCCAAAUGCUACCCGGGCACUCGGGAGGUUGUCCUCAAGCAGCUCCUCGACUGGAUCAUCGCGCACGAUCGCGAAUCCUUCAUGCACUGGCUCCACGGACCAGCAGGUGCUGGCAAGUCCGCAAUUCUCCAGGAGAUCGCAGAAAGAUGUGCACAAAUGAAGCUCCUCAUCGCAAGUUUCUUCUUCUCCCGGACAGCUGCAUUGCGGAACAAUAAGAAGCGACUCGUUGCCACUCUGGCUUAUCAGCUUGCACAGUCGGUACCCGAAACACGACCUUACAUCGAGAAGGCGAUCGGGCACGAUCCAGCUAUUUUCUCGAAACGACUCCAAUCCCAGUUUCAAGCCCUGAUCGUCGAGCCUCUCAGCCAAGCUGCCUCGACUGCUGGCGAGGAGUGGGCAUGUUGGCCCCACCUCAUCCUCAUUGACGGUCUCGACGAGUGUAGCAUCGACACCGUUCAACAAAAUAUCCUGACCUGUCUUGCGACAGGUGCUGCUGGUUGCGGCUUUCCUAUCACAGUCCUUGUUUCCAGCCGCCCAGAAACACACAUCGCCAUGACAUUUGGCCAGCAUCCUUUCAAAUAUAUUCUCCGGACAGCGUUAGAUGAGAAUUAUCGACCUGAAGAAGACAUUCGACGGUUCCUAGCAGGGACAUUCAGAGGGAUCAAGGAAAAUCACCCUCUCCGUAGUUAUCUCUCUUACGACUGGCCAUCGCCCGCCUUCGUAGAAGCUCUCGUUCACAAGGCAUCUGGUCAAUUCAUUUACGCCGCCACUGUCGCGCGAUAUGUAUCCCAUCCAGACUCCCAUCCAGCUCAGUACCUCGACGUCGUGCUCGGACUCUCGCCUUCGAAUUAUUGUGAACCCCCCUUUGCAGAACUCGAUGCGCUGUAUUAUCACAUCCUUUCAUCAUUGCCGGACGAAAGGACAUCGUUACGGAUUCUCGCACUGGUUGUUCUACCAAGUCAAGGGUGGAAUCAGACACCUCAACGAUUCGACUCGUUUCUCGGGCUGCGAAGCGGAGUUUCUCAACAAAUCCUCCACAAGUUGGCCUCGAUAAUUAAGCUCGAUGAUGAUUCCAAAAUUCGCCUCCUACAUGCAUCACUAGCUGACUUCCUACUUGAUCGAUGUCGGUCUCAAAAUUUUUACGUUGAUGUACCCCUUCAGGCUGCCAACUUUGCCAGAUUAUGCUUCCAAAAUUCUGCUGGUGCGACCAGCGAAAUACUAUUCGAGAGGAUUGUGCUCUAUCGUGCAUUUUCUUACUGUAGUUUGGCUGCGCUAACUGACAAAUUAUUGGAAGAUCUGGCAGAUUUCAACUUCCCGACAGUGGCACAAGGUACUGAUGAACAGUCUGAGGUGAUAGAUCCCCCCACCAUUCGGACAUCGAGACGCCCUGUUGUGGAUGGAUAUCUGUCCUGCUUGCAGAUCAUCAAGGACCGUUUCCCCAACCUGAGCGUGGCUGUAUACACGCGUUGUCAACAAAACGUCCACUGGGUCAUUGGAUCUCAGGUCGAGCUAUAUUGA